AUGGCAAACUUUCUCAGAAAAUCUUUAAGUUUCUUUCUGAUUCUUGUGCUGAUAAAUUUCGAUAUCAUUGAGACCGAAGCUCGUCCCUUGAAUAUUAUGAAGACGGGAGACUCUGCUGCUAGUAGAGUAAUCGAGGACUUCUUGGAUGGAUUAUCUCUGGGAGCAAUCAAACAGUCUGGACCAAGUCCUGGGGUAGGACACGGCCAAACCCUUGGAGGAAUCAAGGACUCGGGUCCCAGCCCAGGUGAAGGACACAAGGCUGUUACUGGCACCCACCAGUAA